AGCAGGAGCAGGAGCAGGAGCAGGAGCAGGAGAACAGGACAUUUGGGUGAGGAGAGCAGAAGCAAGAGGAGGUCAAUGCCAUCAAGGUACCUCCGCCUCUGCGUUGUUGUUCUUGUCUUCUGCUGGAUCGCACCUUCCAAGUCUGAGACCGGAAGCAUCACAGAUGAGGACAUGAGCAUAUGCCACGGUCUGCUGCAUCAAGACAUCCCUGACGUGUCCUACGACUCGAGCUGGAAGGAGCUGCCACGAGGGCACGUGCCGGACGGUCUGCGCGUUUGGGGAAAGCUCGAGGAAGGGUCAGCAGCGACAACCUUCGUAGCCUCCGGCACCUUGCACAACGUUACGAGCAGCGCGGUGCUCGCCACGUUCGAAGGAACGAACUUCACACAGCGCAAGACGUGGGACCCGUCGUGCCUCGCCUUGAACGUGAUCUCGAGCCAUGAAACCGAUCAGGUCGUGCGGUGGGUGACGGACCUUCCUUGGCCUCUAUCCGACAGGGAGUACAUCUUCAGACGGAGGAUCGUCUGCCGAGAGGAUGGCUCGUGCAUCGCCGUCAGCAAGACUGUGGCAGAGGAGUCUGUGUUGAUAGCAAGAGAUCCCUCGCUGGUGCGGGUGAGGGACUUCGUGCAAUACUCGCAGAUUCGUCCUUCCAAGGACGGGAAAGGAGUCGACGUCGGGUUGCUGUAUCGUAACGACCUGGAAGGAAGCCUUCCGCACUGGGUGGUGAAAUGGUUCAGCAACAUUGGACUUCCCAUCUAUCUGAAGCAGAUAGAGAAGGAGAUUCGGUCACACUCGUCUCAUGUCAAAUAGCUGUUAUCUUACAAUACCAUCUCUACUUUCACUCCCACACACUCAGCUCACAUCUCUCUCGCAUCCUCCUCCCCUCAUCUCCCCCUCCAUGUGUCUUCAUGUCGCUGCAUUGCACUUCACUUGCUGCUGUUCAGCCAGCUACCCACGAAGCUCGACCAUCUCAGCUCCCCGCCGACUCUUGACUUGACCUCUCCCACCUUCUUUGGGGGGAUGCGGCCGAGGACGGGCAGUCGUUGAGAGGAAGGAGGAAUCUUAUGCAGCAUCGCGAGACCUUCUACCAUCACCCCAGCAGCGACCGGCCCCUUCUCUCCGUCGUGCGACAUCUCUCGCAGUAUCCUCCUCCCCAUCUCCAGAGCCUUCGCCGCCCGUCCGCCCGUCAAGCUGAGCAGCGACUGGACCCACACUCCGAGCGUAGGAAAAGAGAUCCUUCCCGUGAGGUCCAAUCGGCGCUGCAGGCAGUUCCAGGUCUUGUCUUUCGUUGUCCCCUGAAGUAUGUUCUCCUCCUCCUCCUCUCCCUCCUCCGUCGCGUCUCUCGAGCUUGAGAGAGAUUCGUACGCUAUCAGGUCGAACUGCACCCAAGAGGGCAGCGAAGAUGCUGAGAGUACGCCCUUCCCCUCCUCCUUCGACCGAUGCACGUAGCUCAAGGCCGACGCAUGCUCUCUUCGCAGCAGAACGAGCUCGAGCUGCUUGACGCCUUUGGAUCUCGUGAAGUUUC